AUGGACCCUCCCGGAGCAGCCGCCAUGGCCUGGCUUCUGCUCUUCCUCCCGCUCCUCAUCCUCGGCCACGCCAUCGCCGUGUCCGGCAUCACCCCUGGGCCGGCUGAUGGUGACCGGACACUGCGUGUCAGUGACCGGACAUUGGAGCUCUGGGGGCUAUCGGACCCCACCCCACCGCGGUCACCAAAUGUCCAGUGCCGGACCCUCCUCCCGUCCACCCUCCCCGGUUUCUCCCGGUUGCCACCGCUGCCCCGUGGCCUUGCCCGUGCCGCCCUGGCACUAGCCCUGCGCRGGUCCGGCUGUGCCACCCUGGCCGAAGCCGAGGCGUUGGCGUUGGCCGGAGAGCUGGGGACCCCCACGGCCGCUGCGCUGCUGCGAGGGCUGGCGCGGCUACCGGACACUCCGGCCCCUCGGCCACUGACCGCGCUUCUCCUCGGACUGGCACAACCGGGAGGUUCCUGCGUCCAUCCCGCCCGGCUCCGGACACUCACACCAUUCUCCGGCCGCGCAUCCCGGAAGGUCCGGCCGUGCCCGGUSCGGCGGCGGCGGCGGCGAGAGGACGGGGACGCGUGUAGCCCACCGGGCGAGCGAGAAACGCACCGGGUGCUGGGCUGGGUACCGGGCGCCGGUGUUUUCUACAACCUCGGCUCCAGCGUUUAUUUCGCCUUCCAGGGCUGCGAGGCCGCGGCGACCGAGCGGGCGCUGGAGGUGGCCGAAGAUUUGGGCUACACGGGGCUGGGGGCGCUGGCCGGAGCGCUGGGGGGGCCGGUGGCCGCGGGGGUGUACAUGGGGCUGCAGCCGGGGCUCAAGGCGGGRGUGCGGGCGCUCGUCGGGUAUUUCACCGCGGCCGGAGAGCCCUCGGCCGUGCCCACUGCCCACAGCGGCGCCGUGGUCAUCGUGUGACAGCAAUAAAAGGGCACGCGGGG